ACAGGUGCAGUGUAGGCUGCAGGGAGGAGAAGAAGUGGGAUAAAAUAAUUCAGGUAGAGUGAGUUUAAAGCUAUGACUUGUACCCUUUACAGCCUUUAAUUACCCAUCUACUGUAGGAACGCACCUUGUUACCAGUUUUUCCAGAACCCAACAAGACAUCGUGAGAAAGCAACAGGGAUACCAGGCAAAGAGAAAGGAAAAUGGCUGAGGCUCCAAAGAUUGAGCUCUUUGUUAAGGCCAGUGAUGAUGCUGAAAGUGUUGGAAACUGCCCAUUCUGUCAAAGGCUCUUUAUGAUUCUUUGGCUGAAGGGGGUUAAUUUCACCCUGACCACCGUCGACAUGAGGAGGGCACCAGAUGUUCUGAAAGAUUUGGCCCCUGGAUCUCAGCCUCCUUUUCUUCUAUACAACGAAGAAGUCAAAACAGACACCAACAAGAUUGAAGAGUUCUUGGAGGAGAAACUGGCCCCACCAGAAUAUCCUAAACUCUGCUGCCGGUACAAGGAAUCCAACACCACUGGACAAGACAUCUUCCGAAAAUUUUCAGCAUACAUUAAAAAUCCCAAUCCUGGGCUUAAUACCAUGCUAGAGAAGCAGUUUCUGUCAACUCUGGUCAAGCUGAGCAUGUACCUUGAAUCUCCACUCCCUCAUGAACUGGAUAAGAACCCAAAUAUCACAGAGUCUACACGCCUCUAUCUGGAUGGUGAUUCUUUCACUUUGGCAGACUGCAACUUGCUUCCCAAACUCAACAUCGUAAAGGUGGUCUGCAAAGAGUACCGUAAUUUUGACAUGCCCACCCAGCUGAAAGGCCUGACACGUUACCUGGAUAACGCCUACAAACAGGACGAGUUUCGUUACACCUGCCCAAAUGACUCAGAGAUCCUUAUUGCCUACAAAUCUGUGGCCAAGUACUUGACCAAAUAAACCAAGAUAAAUGACAAACAAACAGGGUUGUCUUUAUUAUUGUAUUUAUCCGCUUAAUUUGAACCCUCAUUUAUCUUUUGUGUCGAUCGGUUCAUCUGUUUGUAAAUGCAUUUUGUUGUACAUAAGCUUGAAAUUAUUCUCUCUUGCCACUGGGACCUUUAUAACUAUAUAUGACCUGUAUUUAUGAAAAGAGGAAGCAACAAUAUGUCAUAACAGAUCCCUAUGCAAAUAAAACCAGAUGUUUGCAAAAUAAAGUUUACAUUUGCAGGUUUGGAAGGUUGCUCAAUAUAUAUCAACUGUCCACCCAAUGAUACUGUGUCAUUCUGUCUGCUUCAGGCGUAUAAUGUGCGUAUUAGUCUUUUUAUGUGAUAUAUAUAUAUAUAUAUAAAUGCCAAAAGCUCAUGGUUUACAGUUACUAUAUUGCUGUGUUUGCAUUAGACAGUAUUUUGGAUUUAGUUAAAAAGUCUUAAACAAGAGACAACAAAAGUCAAUGUCAAUUUCAAAGGUGCAUAAGCUAUGUUUGCCUUUGUCACAAACUGGAUUUUAUUGAUGCAUGAUAAAAAAAAGUAUAUUAACUACCUUAUUAUGCUAAAUAUUAAAGGCUGCAUUA